CAUCUUCUUCCCCUUCUUUCUCUUUCUUCCUCUUUCCUGCUGCAACUGGGUUCGAUGGUUCAAAUCUGCUGGGUUCCAUCGAACCCUUGGUUUCUUUCUGGGUAUUAUGGCAUUUGGCUUUGCUUGAAUCAGAGGAGGAAAGUUGUUUAAGAGAUGGAAGGAAGGGAGGGAGAAGAAGAAGAACCGACGGCAAAAACAGAGAUUGAGUUGUGCAGUUCUUAUGAGGAAUUUGAGAAGCUCGUUAUAAAGUUGAGCACUCCCAGUAGGAAAGAGGAAGAAAGAGAAAAGAAAAAGGGAAAGAAGAUGGAUCGAGAGGGUGAGGGUAAUAACGUAAUUUUGUUAUUCAUAUGAUGUGGCAUUUUGAUUUUUUGUUAUUCAUAUGAUGGGGCAUUUUUAUUUAUCUAUGU